AGGUUCGGGUGAUUGGAUAACUGGCGGCACCUGCUUGCUCUCUGGGCUUCUGCAGACUCCCACGCGUGGCGUCUUGUGGUGUUUUAAGGUUGUGGAAAGUUUGUGUUGAGAGGGAAAAAAACAAGUAGGCCUAUUGCAUUUUUAUGAUGCCUCUGAUAAAAUGUUCGCCUCUGCUUUUAUUUGUCGCGUCGUUAUUGAUGAUGAGAUGCCUCUGCGCUGACGGGUGUAAUGAAACUGGGAAUUACUCCCAGGAAACCAUUGUCUCCAGUAACUCCACAAACGUCACUAAUUUUGCUUAUGGAUUAAUUGCAAACAUGGCUGCUGUGGUUCUGUAUGGAAGCACCUUUGUUCCAGUCAAAAGAGUAGAAACAGGAGAUGGUAUGUUCUAUCAUUUUGUGAGCUGUGCAUCAAUAUGGGUUGUAUCUCUUUUUGGCGAUCUGUUGCUGCGGACACCCAAAUUCCACCCUCUUGCAAUGCUUGGUGGAAUGAUCUGGGCCACAGGAAGUGUGGCAGCUGUUACCAUUGUUAAAGCAAUUGGGCUUGGUCUUGGAAUUUUAAUUUGGGGAUCAUCCAGUUUGUUGAUGGGCUGGGCCAGUUCUAGAUUUGGGUGGUUUGGGAUUGAUGCUCAGGAUGUUUCCAGGCCAAUACUGAAUUACUGUGGAGCUGGCUUGUGUCUGCUCAGUGGCCUGGUGUUUUUCUUUGUGAGAAGUGAUGUGACGCUCCAUCCAGAGUCAGAAACGAUCCCUAUACUAAUUGACAAGAGAUCCAUUUCUGGCAGUUUUGUAUACCACUCCUCUGCAUACUGGAUUGAUGCCAUUGGACCAAAGAUGAGGCGAAUCAUUGGUUGCCUGCUUGCCGUUAUGGCAGGCUUGCUGUACGGCUCUUCAUUCAUACCAGUUCUCUACAUAAAGAACCAUUCAACGUGUCGUGACAGCAUUUUUUAUGGAGCCAGUGUCUACGAUCUUGACUAUGUUCAUGCACAGACCUCUGGUGUUUUCCUUGCAAGCUCAGUGUAUUUCACCAUCUACUGUGCCGUGAUGAAAAACAAACCCAGGGUUUACCCCAGAGCCAUAUUACCAGGAUUUCUGUCAGGAUUUAUGUGGACGAUGGGCACAUACUGCUGGUUCCUGGCCACCAACUACCUGGGUGCUGUUAUUACCUACCCCAUUGUCACUGCAGGCUACGGUCUGGUCGCAGCUCUGUGGGGAUCCUUGGUGUUCAGAGAGAUUAAGGGUUUGAUGAACGGCCUCAUCUUCUGCUUUGCUACCUGUGUAGUGUUGACUGGCUCUGUACUAACUGCCAUUUCAAAGCUCUGAAAGCUAAAAUGACCCAUUUGUAGUCUACUUUCCUUCACUGAUUUGGACUUUUAAAAUAAAAGAUCUUGGAAUUCAUUUUAAGUCUACAAGGAGCUAAAUCAAUUGUACUCUAAGAUUGAAAACAAGGUAUAUUUGUAGCUGAAAAUAUUUUUAGUCACUUAAUCUUAAACCCACAUUUGACACUUUAUCACCCUUUAAAGAUUGUUCUAAAAUAUUGCACAUAUAUUUACAUUAUGACCUGGUGGGGUUUUGCAUUAAUCCUUUUUGUAUUUUUGUGAUGUCUAUUAAAAUAACUUGAAUAUUA